CUCCCUCUUUUCAGCUUCUCUCUCUGAUCCCAGGGGAGGGAAACGGGAAUAGUGAGAGAUCAAAAAUAAACCUCUUAUGUCAAAGCCGGGAAGGAAGUAUAAAUACGGUGCUUCCCGGGCUGGGGCGGAGCAGGCGGCACGCGGGGCUGUGAGCUGGGCGGGCGGGCGCGAGCGGGAGGAGCGCUGUGCGGGCCCCACCGGCCUCCCAGGCACCGCGGCAGCCGACUGCCGCGCCCCCUGGCCGAGGACCCCGCAACCCCGCCGCGCUCUUCUUCCCUGCAGUGCUUGUCCGGCGCGCGCUCGGGCCACCCGCACCUGCCCGCGCCGGGCCGGCUUCUCCCCUGCCCCGCGCCGCGCCGCAGCCCCCAUGCGCCCCGCCGCCCAGCGCUGGCCGCCGCUCCAGCUGCUGCUGCUGCUGCUGUUGCAGCUGCCGCUGCCCGCUCGCAGCGCCCCGGGCCGCAGGGAAACCGGGGGGGCUGUCCGGGAGCUGGUGCUGCCCACGCGGCGGACAGGCGUUGCAGGCGGGCUGGCGCUCCACCUGUCCGCCUUCGGCCGCAGCUUCGAGCUGCACCUGGAGCCCGACUCUAGCUUCCUGGCGCCGGGGUUCAGGAUCGAGCGGCUCGGGGGCCCUGGCGGGCCGGCGGGGGCCGAGCGCGGGCUGCGCGCCUGCUUCUUCUCGGGCACCGUGAACCGUCGGCCCGAGUCGCUGGCCGCGGUCAGCCUGUGCGGCGGGCUCAGCGGUUCCUUCCUGCUGGACGGCGAGGAGUUCACCAUCCAGCCCCAGGCCUCGGGGGGCUCCCUGGGCCAGCCGCACCUCCUGCAGCGCUGGGGCCCCGCGGCGCGCACCCCUCUCUCCGGAGGUCCCGAGUGGGAGGCGGAGAAGGCAGAGGGGCCAAGGCCUGGCGAGGAACUGGAGGAAGAGGAGGAGGAAGAGGUGGAGGGCGAGGUAGAGGAGGCAACGGGCGCCAGCGAGCCGCCACCCCCUUUGGGGGUCACAAGCAGGACCAAGCGGUUCGUGUCCGAGGCCCGCUUCGUGGAGACGCUGCUGGUGGCAGACGCGUCCAUGGCUGCCUUCUACGGGGCCGACCUGCAGAACCACAUCCUGACGCUCAUGUCAGUGGCAGCCCGCAUCUACAAGCACCCCAGCAUCCGGAACGCCAUCAAUCUGGUGGUGGUCAAGGUGCUGAUAGUGGAGGACGAGGCAUGGGGCCCGGAAGUGUCCGACAACGGCGGGCUCACGCUGCGCAACUUCUGCAGCUGGCAGCGGCGCUUCAACCAGCCCAGCGACCGGCACCCUGAGCACUUUGACACGGCCAUCCUGCUCACCAGACAGAACUUCUGUGGCAAGGAAGGCAUGUGUGACACCCUGGGCGUGGCUGACAUUGGGACCAUCUGUGACCCCAAUAAGAGCUGCUCUGUGAUUGAAGAUGAUGGGCUCCAGGCAGCCUACACACUGGCCCAUGAGCUGGGACAUGUCCUCAGCAUGCCCCAUGAUGACUCCAAACCCUGCGCUCGGCUCUUUGGACCCAUGGACAAACACCACAUGAUGGCACCCCUCUUCAUCCACCUCAACAAGACACUGCCCUGGUCACCCUGCAGUGCCAUGUACCUCACAGAGCUCCUGGAUAGCGGUCAUGGAGACUGUCUUCUGGAUACCCCCACAGCAGCCCUGGCCCUGCCCACAGACCUCCCAGGCCGCAGCGCGCUCUAUGAGUUGGACCAGCAGUGCAGGCAGAUCUUUGGGCCAGGUUUCCACCACUGCCCCAACACUUCUGCACAAGACGUAUGCGCCCAGCUCUGGUGCCACAUGGAUGGCCCUGAGCCCCUUUGCCACACGAAGAAUGGCAGCCUGCCCUGGGCAGACGGUACGCCCUGUGGGCCUGGACAACUGUGCUGGGAUGGCAGCUGUCGCCCAGAGGAGGAAGUGGAGACACCUAAGGCUGUGGUGGAUGGCGGCUGGGCCCCCUGGAGUCCCUGGGGGGAGUGUUCCAGGACCUGCGGGGGAGGAGUCCAGUUUUCACAUCGAGAGUGCAAGGACCCAGAGCCUCAGAAUGGAGGGAGGUACUGCCUGGGCCGGAGAGCCAAGUACCAGUCGUGCAACACGGAGGAGUGCCCCCCCGACGGGAAGAGCUUCCGGGAGCAGCAGUGUGAGAAGUAUAAUGUCUACAAUUACACAGACCUGGAAGGGAACCUCCUGCAGUGGGUCCCCAAGUAUGCAGGGGUGUCCCCGCGGGACCGCUGCAAACUGUUCUGCAGAGCCCGGGGGAGGAGCGAAUUCAAAGUUUUCGAGGCCAAGGUGAUUGAUGGCACCCUGUGCGGGCCUGAGACUCUGUCCAUCUGCGUUCGCGGCCAGUGCGUCAAGGCCGGCUGUGACCACGUGGUGGACUCGCCCAGGAAGCUGGACAAAUGCGGGGUGUGCGGGGGCAAAGGCAACUCCUGCAGGAAGGUCUCUGAUUCUGUCAGCCCCUCCGGCUAUGGCUACAAUGACAUCGUCACUAUCCCAGCUGGUGCCACGAACAUCGACAUAAAGCAGCGGAGCCACCCAGGGGUCCUGAACGACGGCAAUUACCUGGCAUUGAAGACGGCUGACGGUCAGUACCUGCUCAAUGGCAACCUGGCCAUCUCGGCCAUCGAGCAGGACAUCUUGGUGAAGGGGACCAUUCUGAAGUACAGCGGCUCCAUUGCCACUCUGGAGAGGCUGCAGAGCUUCCAGCCCCUGCCAGAGCCCCUGACAGUGCAACUCCUGACUGUCCCUGGGGAGGUCUUCCCCCCCAAGGUCAAGUACACCUUUUAUGUCCCCAAUGAUGUGAACUUCAGUGUGCAGGGCAGCCAAGAACGAGCCACCACCAAUGUGAUCCAGCCCCUGCUCAGUGUACAGUGGGUGUUGGGGGACUGGUCCGAAUGUUCCAGCAGCUGCGGCACCGGGUGGCAGCGUCGGACCGUGGAGUGUCGGGACCCCUCAGGCCAGCCCUCUGCCACCUGCAGUAAGGCUCUGAAACCAGAGGAUGCCAAGCCCUGUGGGAGCCAGCCAUGUUCCCUGUGACUUGGGGCCAUGAGGGUUGAAUUAUACUCUAGGACUUGGGGUGAUGGGGUACAGACACAGUGACCCCCCCCGAAAUGGUGACUCCAUGUGUGGAGGUGUUAUGCCCUGCCCCAACCUCCCAUUGCCACAACCCUUUGGGUUUGGCAUGAAUAGAAGGGGGAGGAAAAGAGACUAUGGAGACAACAGAUUCUAGUGUUUGUCUAACAGGAGGGACCUGGCUUGGGUUCAAGUAGAAGGCAAAGAUGGAAAGGUACAAAGUGUAUUUGUUGACCCAAACAGGAGACAUGCCUGGCCUGUUUGUAAAGGACUAGCACAGAUAAAUGAAAAAAAAAAUUUUUUCUAUGUGGUUUCCCCUAUAAAUAGUCUACCUCAGAGGAGAAGAAAUAAUGCAUAGAAUGGAGGUAAGAUGGGGGGAGAGCUGGUCAUAGUUAGAGGUCAAGGCAAGCUCCUUGAUGUCUUCAGACAUGAUCUUGGCCAUGGUCAGCAGGGCCCCAGGGUUUUAGGACUGUGGAAGCCACUGUGUUCUCCGGCCUCCACCUAUAGAACUGACUCUAUAGGUCAAGCAUUUAUGCAAAUGUAUCUCUAAACUAAAGUGUGGUCCAGUGCCAA